GCAUCCAGUGUGUGAUAACAAAAUAUUGACUUCUAUUUGUGACGCGCCCGCGAAUUUGUGAAAAACAAGGAAAACCCUGGAAAAAUCAUGCUGGAACCUAAUACCAUUAGAACAGAGCACAAGGAUGUAAUACAUGAUGUCGUCUACGAUUAUUAUGGACAGAGGAUGGCGACUUGUUCAAGCGACCAGACGGUUAAGGUUUGGGAUCAGAAUGAGCAAGGAGUGUGGAGUGUUACAGCCAGCUGGAAGGCUCAUUCGGGAUCAGUUUGGCGAUUGUCAUGGGCACAUCCUGAAUUUGGUCAGGUACUGGCAACUUGCUCUUUUGACAGGACAGCUUCAGUGUGGGAGGAGACCAUUGGAGAGAAAUCCUCUCCCACCAUGGCUCCAGUGAAGCGUUGGGUGCGUCGAACAAAUCUUGUGGAUUCCCGCACAAGUGUCACUGACGUGAAAUUUGCUCCCAAAAGUCAGGGAUUGCUCCUGGCCACAUGCUCAGCUGACGGAGUCAUCCGGAUAUAUGAGGCUCCAGACAUCAUGAACCUCUCUCAGUGGACACUACAACACGAAAUUGCCUGCAAACUCCCUCUGAGCUGUUUGUCCUGGAACCAAUCAAUGUUCCGUCUGCAUUCCCCGAUGAUCGCUGCCGGAAGUGACGAUGCAACUCAAUCCACAGGCGGCAAAGUUUUCAUCUAUGAAUCCAGCGAGAAUGCGAGGAGAUGGACAAAAGUUGAGACACUGACUCAGGUCACAGAUCCCGUUCACGAUAUCGCCUUUGCGCCCAACGUCGGAAGAAGUUACCACAUCCUCGCCGUGGCCAGCAAGGAUGUCUACAUCUUCAAUCUCAAGCCCAUUCUUGAGCCCACAGGCACCUCCAGGCUGGAAAUCCAGUGCGCUGGUCAGUUUAAUGAUCACUACUGCACGGUCUGGAGAGUCACGUGGAACAUCACUGGCACCAUGUUGGCCACCACCGGAGACGAUGGAUGCAUCCGGAUGUGGAAGAUGAAUUAUAUGAAGAAUUGGCGAUGUGCUGGUAGUCUCAAAUCAGACAGCGAAAGGAAUCAGGACUGCGAUACUCCUCCGCCAGUCGUUCAAGUCACCAACGGAGCCAUUUCCCAGACAAAAUACUACAAGAAGGGCACAAUCACGCAUCCCAGUCAGGUUCCGUGGCACUAAGAACGCUCAAAUGAGGCAACAAUUUCUAUUUUCUCAUGAAAGUCUAAUAAAUAUAAAUUUUUAAUAAAAA